UCGAUAUUCAUCCUUCGCAAGCGACGGGUCGUUUCAUUUCCUUGCCUCACUUUUCCUUCAUAAUAGUCGUCCCUUUUAUUUUUUAAACUUUUCAUUUAACACAUUUUAUCAAGGAUCUAUUUUUUUCAACGACCAACAAAAAUACAUCCUUUCAAGUUUUUCGAAUUAUCUCGCGUAUAUGUAUGUGACAGCAUUUCAUUAAAAAUAAGAAAAUCAACAACAACAAUAUUAUCAGUGACGAGCCUAAGUGUUUUAAUUGCAGUUUCGAUUAUGAUGCGCGAUCGACGACAUUAAUUCUUUUUUUUUUUUGAUUGGUUUCUUUUUUUUUAUGUUUCUUUUAUAAUUAUACCUGUCACGAGUCAAACGUUCCAGGAAUUUUGCGGCUAGAUUAUGAACGGCAAAAUGAAUGGACCGGUGUAUGCGUCCUCCUGUCCAGCACUACAAUCGAAUCUUUCUCUACAUAGUUCAUCAUACUAUAGCGAAUACAGUGGCACGACCAGAAGACGACUGUCUUCGACUGGCGAGGCCGAUACUUCCGCUACUUCGAGCUACGAAGGAAGCGAUAGUUCCGAAAACAGCGACGAAUCACGAUUAGAUCCGGUCAGCCAAAUGGAACGUGAACAAUUGGAGACUUUCUUUCGUGGACUUAAGUCACAGGUAUUCGUAUGCGAAUCACUAGCAAACUUGUAUCUUGGUAGCGCCUCGCAAACAGAAAGGUGGGAACUUCGAUUCACUGGAAUACCGGUCGUCGUCCUCGAUCUUGGAGAGACACGAUCAAGAUCCAAAAGACGCAUCCAGAUUUUGCUAGCUGAGCGAGGCACUUGCUUCACAUUAUGGCGAGAAACUAUCGAUAAUCUUUCAUCGUAUAAGGUAUCCGGACCAGCAUUUCACACGAUGUGUCUCUCGUCGGACCACACACGUUUGGCUGGACUGAGUUUUGACAAUCCGAAAGCAGCAAACGAUUUGUGGCAGCACAUAGAACGACUGGUCUCGUGUCCAGAGAACAUAAGUCUUUCUGUGCCAGGUAAAAAGAAAAAGAAGGUGCCUCAAAAGAAGGUCGUCCUACCAGCGAAGAGCAAUAUAAGCCAGCCGUGCCAAUUCCAGCACGUGACGAGCGUCGAUGCUGCCGAUCGAUCGCGAUAUUUUUCCCUUCAAACGUUGGUGCCAGCCUUGAGCGAGCUAGAGAACUCCCUCGAGGCAAGUUUCUGAGUCACGGACAGCCUCGCAAAAUCCUCGUAGUUUCUCUUAACCUCUUCACCUUAUCGAAUCGAAUCUUCUUCCUUUUUUUCUUUUCUCUCUCCCCUUUUUUUUUCUCUUUCCUUUCUUUUCACAAAGAGAAAAGAAACUUUGUCGAGUUGAGAAAAGAGAGAAAUAAUGAGAGAGAGAGAGAGAGAGAGAGAGAGAGAGAGAGAGAGAGAGAGAGAGAGAGAGAGUUCCGUUUUAAAAUGACGAGCAUUGCUUGAUUAAAAAGAAAAAAAAUAAUAAUUUAUUAAAGAAAAAUAAUCGAUAAUAGAAAUCGAUCAAUUUUCAUUUAAACAAAAUCUAUAUUUACUUUAUUUCGAUAAUUUUACACGAACUCUUCGAUAUUUCAUCUAAUUCAUGAUACGGAUUUUUUUGUUACCGUUUAUGAUGAAUAUUGAAUAAAUGGAAGAUUAAAAUUCAUUUAAGUUUUUGGGUGAAUCAUUUAUUUUCGUUACCCAAUAUAGCUGUAUAGAUGAAAUAUCAAGUUAUUUUUGAAUUCUUUCAACAGCUAAACGUUGUUUUCCAUCAAUUUGCAAUAUGAAGAUUAAAAUUGGACUUUUUGUUACUUUUUGUUAAUAUUGUUUCAUUUCGAAGUGUAUUAUUCGUCAAAUAUGAGUAACUACGAUGACAUUGCUUAUAUAAUUUGAAAGAAGUGCUCGAAAUUUACAUUUAAUUAUUUUGCGUUGAAUAAUGAAAAACGAGCGUUUCAAACAAAAGAAGAUAUGUGAGGCGUGACAGAAAAUGAUAAAAUAUAAUAAGCGAAAAAAUUUCAAAAAGUAGCAUUAAAAACUUCGUCGUUUCGUUUCUGUAUAUUCAUUAUUAUACAAUAUUGUAUAUUAUGUCAUAACGAUGAAUGUUACUUUGACAAAAUGUUAAAAUGAGAAUUUUAACAUUUGAAACCUUUGAAAUAAGAAAACCUUUGAAAAUAAGAAUUAAAAUCAUAAAGUUUCGAUGUUUUUUUUCUUAUUAACGAAUUUAAAUAAACACCUUAAGGGGUGGUUAUCCGACGAUACAAUCACUAUAUAAACGUGAUCGUUGAAAUAUCUGAUCUUAGAUAUAUCUAUAAUAAUAAAUUUUAAAUCUAAUAGACGUUCUAUGAUAAAAUUCGUUUAAUCAUAAAUCAUCAUUACAAUGUUAUUACAUUAUACGCGAUAUAUGUGUGCGUAAGUUUAAAAACUCGUGUAAUGUGUAUGUAGAUAUACUUCUCAUAACUUUCCCUCUUAAGAUGUUAUACUGUUUGUAGAAAUUGUAACAUUUCUCUCUGCGUUUGUUAACGCGAUCUGCGUUUACGAUUUUAGCCAAUCAUUAGAAGAUUUCCAAGUAAAAAUAUUUCUCGUGAUUUGUAAUUUCCUUUUUUGGAACAGUCGAUAAAGUUGAUUGCUAUCCUUCUGUAUUUUAAAGCUUUCAAUUAUUAAUAUUUAAAACUUAUAAAUAAUAAUUAGAAAAUUUACAAAAAAAUACAAACUUGUCGGAAAAUCAAUGUCUCGAUAAAAAUUUGAAAAUUAUAUCGUCAUACUUUUGAAUAUUGUAAUAUGUCUACGAUCUACGAUGGAAGAAACGUUUAAUAAAAUAAUACAGUUUCCGUUAUUAUCGAUGCAUGUAACAAGUGACAAUCUUUAUGAUCCAAAGUAGCAAACUUUUCUUCUAUCUUGGUGUUAAAUUUUAUCGGCUUAAGAAACAAGUAAUGUGUUAGUCUAAAAUAUAAAUGAAAAGUAUUUCUCUUUGAAAAUUAUUCAAAAAAUAAUUAUUGAUACGUAUUAUCUUACCGAUAAUAGAGGGUCUCGGCUAACAUUACAAAAUAUUUCGUAUGCAGAUUGCUAAUUAACAGCGAUUGCAAUAAGACUGGUCUUACCAUCCACAUUAAAAAUAUUCUACAGUUAAUAAACGUGGAUCAAAGGACAUUUUUAUAUGUCGAGCUAUCAUUAUAGAUUAUAGAAGUAUCACUUAUUCUAAUAUCAUUUUACUUUUUGAAAUAUGUAUAUGUUAAGAACAAAUCAUUUUUAAUUUUUAAGAAUAUAUAAGUAUUUCAUUUUACUGAUUAUCUCGCCAAUCAAAUUAAUUAUACUUAAGAUUAAUUAGAUUUAACGAUGCGUUGUAAUCUCAAUGGAAUUUACACUGCGAUUCUGUUAAAUUCAGUAUGAUGUUUUUUGUACGAGCAUAAUCGUAAUCAAUUGAUUAACGAAUUUUUAAGUUACGUAAAUUCUAGAAAGAUUUUAACGUUUUUAUGUAAACUAUCUUCGAAACAUUAAUUAGUGUUAAUUUCUUUAUCCACGACUGUGAUAUAAAUAUAUUUGUAUCGUUACGUUUCAUAAUAUGUAUCAGCAUUAAUCAUUGCGAAUUAAGCAAGAUCAUAAAUAUCGUUAUCUAUGUAACAAUUGUGGUAAUAAAUAGUAUCUUAAAUCUUAAA